CUGAAUUCUUUUUCAACCUUAAAUGAAAGUUGCUCUAUUUAAGAACUUAGAGAGAGUUGUUCCUUUCUCUUCAUGUAACAAGAAAUGGAAAACGAUCUUCGGACGGAAUCUUUUGACUACCGAACGGAGCUUCUGUCGCCGGCGGGGACAGGGCCGAUGGUUGUAUCAACAAGGCAGCCAUCAUGGCAGCUCAACAUGGAUGGAUUUCAGUUGCCAGAGAGACACAUCAAUUCUGAUUUUGGGUUUGGAUAUUUUGUCAAGGCAUUAAGUAAGACAGUUCUUGUACUGUUAUUGAGAGAAAGAAAACUUGCGGCCUUUUACAAGAGGCAGGUCAAAAUCCUCGAAGGAUUCAAUGAAGUCGACAAAUUUACUGAGAUCGGCAUGUUGCCUACAAGUUCGACCGAGGAAGAAGCGGAGCAAGUUGCUAGGAGCGAGAGGAUGGCAAUAUAUGUAUCAAACAUGGCAAACAUAGUGAUAUUCGUGGCAAAAGUGUAUGCUUCGGUUGAGAGCAAAUCACUGGCAGUGAUAGCUUCUACCUUAGACUCCCUUUUGGAUCUUUUAUCUGGUUUUAUCCUAUGGUAUACCUCUUAUGCUAUGAGCAAACCCAAUCAAUAUCGCUAUCCUAUUGGAAAGAACCGAAUGCAACCUGUGGGCAUUGUGGUUUUUGCGUCAGUAAUGGCAACUCUUGGAUUACAAAUAUUGUUCGAAUCAGGUCGACAGCUUAUUGCAAAGACUGAGCCUGAAAGGGACCCUACAAAAGAAAGAUGGAUGAUUGGAAUCAUGGUCUCAGUCACAAUAGUUAAAUUUGUGCUCAUGGUAUACUGUCGCAGAUUCAAAAAUGAAAUUGUUAAGGCCUAUGCUCAAGACCAUCUCUUCGAUGUGAUCACAAACUCAAUUGGUCUAGCAGCAGCAGUUUUAGCUAUCAAAUUCUACUGGUGGAUCGAUCCUGUUGGUGCCAUCAUUAUAGCUCUAUAUACAGUGAGUAAUUGGGCAAAAACUGUGAUGGAGAAUGUUUGGUCAUUAAUUGGAAGAACAGCCCCACCAGAGUAUAUAGCAAAGCUAACAUAUCUCAUUUGGAACCAUGACAAGGAGAUCAAGCACAUUGAUACGGUUAGAGCCUACACAUUUGGCUGCAAUUACUUUGUUGAGGUUGACAUAGUGUUACCAGAGGACAUGUCCCUUGGUCAAGCACAUAAUAUUGGGGAGACCCUUCAAGAGAAGCUUGAAAUUUUCCCAGAAGUUGAGAGAGCAUUUGUUCAUGUGGAUUUUGAUACCACUCAUAAGCCAGAGCACAGGUCAAAGCUGCCAUAACAAUCAAGAAAAAUCACAUCAGUUAUGAGUACAACAAUGGCGGUGGCUUGAGGCAAUAUUAGGUAGGAUUUCAAUGUGCAAGGCAUCUAGAACUGGUUUUAUAACAGGCCUGGCUUUUACAUCUACAACUGAAUACUUGGGUUUACUUUAUAAGGUUGUUUGAAUUUUGAGCAUUAUUUGUAAUCUAGUGAAAACCUGUUGGAAACAUUCGGAUUAAGAAUUUUUAUUUAUUUAACAAUAUAAACACUCUAAUAUUAUA